UGUAACUCUUUUCGCUAUCUCACCCUGACCUGUGCGCUUCGCCUCCGCUUGUAGCCCCCCUCGUCUCUCUCUCUCUCUCUCUUUCUCUCUCUCUACGCCUCGCUGUGUGUGUACGACGGUUCGCCUGAAACCUCGCCGGGGUUCGCCGGCGAUCGUCGUCUUCUGUUGUGAUAGCAUAGAUUUCCAUUUUUGAUUUUUGGAUUAGAUAUGGGGAACGGUCCGGCUCCAUUUUCAGAUAUUGGCAAACGAGCAAAAGAUCUGUUGACCAAAGAUUACACUUAUGAUCACAAGUUUACCUUUUCCGUUCCGAGCUCUACCGGGAUGGGACUUACUGCUACUGGUGUGAAGAGGGAUCAAAUAUUUGUUGGUGACAUAAGUACCCUGUACAAGAGUGGAAAUACCACAGUGGAUGUGAAAGUUGAUACCUAUUCUAAUGUAUGUACAAAAGUGACUCUGAAUGACAUAUUACCCUCCACCAAAGCAGCAUUUAGCUUCGACAUACCUGAUCACAAGUCUGGAAAGCUGGAUGUGCAGUACCUUCAUAAUCAUGCAGCCAUCAACUCCAGUAUUGGCUUGAACCCUGCCCCUCUUUUAGAGGUUGCUGCUGCACUUGGCAACAAAGAUCUAUUUAUUGGUGGGGAAAUUGGAUUUGAUACUGCUUCCGCAUCAUUCACCAAGCACAAUGGUGGGAUUGGCUUUAACAAGACAGAUUUCUCUGUGGCACUUAUACUAAUGGACAAAGGACAGACACUGAAGGCAUCUUACAUUCACACUGUGAAUCCCUUGAAUGGAACCGAGGUUGCUGCAGAAAUGAUUCAUAGAUUUUCCAACUAUGAAAACAGUUUUACCAUUGGAAGCUCUCAUACAGUUGAUCCUUGUACCACAAUAAAGACGAGGUUCUCUGACAAUGGAAAGGUUGCAAUGCUAUGCCAGCGGGAAUGGAGGCCCAAGUCGCUGAUUACAGUUUCAGCAGAAUACGACUCAAAGGCCGUCAACGCAGCCCCCAAGUUGGGGCUUGCCCUUGCUCUCAAGCCCUGAAAUGCCCAGAUAUGCCUUUCUCUGCUUUUAAUAUUUACACAUUUGAUGGUUUCAUCACAUUGCAAUUUUUUAAACCCCACGGUGGGGUUAUUACCCAAAUCAUUUUGGAAAACUGAGAUAGCAGGUGUAUUGAUGAAUUCAUUUUGAAGAACUGGUGGGAAAAUUGAACCCAGUUUUGAAAAUAUUCAUAUAUGAUAAUGGAUCAACAUUGUCAUCAAUUUUAAAUUUUGGAAGACUUGUAUGCAAUUCAUAUCUUGAUACACUGUUCAGUGACAAUACAAUUGAUAAGUUGUCUCUGAAAUCCUCAGCUUCUUGGUGUUGGGGUUCUGAAGCUUAAUAAUCUAUUUUUUUUAAUCGGGAUUUAUCUAAUUCUUUGUUGGAUUGUGAUUA